CAGAGAAGAUCCAACCUGAACAAACAGGGCUCUGAUAUACUACACUGGACACAUCCCAGCUACAAGAAUGCUUUGCGUAUAUAUUUUCCUGGUGCUGGCUCUGAGCAGAGUAGGACUGACUUCUCUGCAGGAUAAGCAGACUGAUUUUGGGCUGAAGGUCUUCCACCAGUUGGCCCAGGGGUCUACAGACAAGAAUGUGGUCUUGUCCCCAUAUGGUGUGGCCUCUGUUCUGGCCAUGGCUCAGCUUGGUGCAAACGGAAACACCAGCAAGGCCUUAACUACAGCUAUGGGUUUUUCUCUGCGAGAGCGAGGGAUGCUUCGGCAGCAGUGGCUUCUGCAGCGGGGCCUGUCCUCUGAGGAGGGGGUAGAAAUAGCCAACGGGGUGAUGGUGGAGAGGAAGAUGAAUCUGGAGAAGAGAUAUCACCGGAACUUGGCCAAGGCCUUCAAGACCCACCCUCACCAGGUGGACUUCACAAAGCCAGACCAAGCCAUCAGCGUUAUCAAUGCAUGGGUCUCAGAUCACACUGCAGGUCUUAUCCCUGAAUUCUUGCAAUCUGGAUCUCUGACUGAUCAGACCCGCCUCGUCCUCCUUAAUGCGCUCCACUUCCAGGGCCUCUGGAAAAUUCCCUUUGACCCAAAACUGACACAGGAGAGGAUGUUCCACUGUGCCAAUGGCAGCACUGUGCCAGUCCACAUGAUGAGAAUCACCAACCGCUUCAACUAUGGAGAGUUUGUAACUGCUGAUGGAGUGGAUUACGAUGUGAUUGAGGUCCCAUAUGAGGGUGACUUACUGAGCAUGCUCUUGGUGUCUCCCUUUGAGCCUGAAGUUCCUCUGAGCAUGCUCAGUGCAGACCUGAGCAGCCAGAAGAUCCGACAGUGGAGGACAGAGCUGAGGAAUGUCAAGAGGCAGCUGGCCUUACCUAGGUUUACUCUGGACUCUGAGGUGAAUUUGAAGACUGCGCUAGUCAACAUGGGACUAGGAGACAUCUUCAACCCAGCUUCUGCAGACUUCACACGCAUCACCUUGGAUCAAAGGCUGUGUGUGUCGAAGGUCCUGCAAAAACUGAAAAUUGAGGUGAAUGAAGAGGGAACCAAAGGAGCAGCAUCAACAGCUGCUGUCAUGUUUUCUCGUAUGGCAGUAGAGGAGAUCGUUCUAGACCGACCUUUCCUUUUCCUUAUCCAGCACAAACUCACAGGUGCUGUUCUUUUCAUGGGUCAGUUCAACCAGCCUCAACAGUAACCCACUCUGAGCCCACUCUCUGCGUGAGACGACUAAAAUUCCACAUAAUGGCCAUCGAAUGGAUGACAUAUCUGACAUAUACUACUUAAAUCAGAUGACAUAUUUGAAACUGCAAACUAAAUCACUGGAAAGUUUAUUUAGAACAGUAUUGAAAGAGAUUUUGUUUAAAAAAAUAUUUCUUUAUAGAUUAUUUAUUUCUCUGAAUGUUUCUGGCUGAUAAAACAUAAUGCGAUAUAAAGGAAAGUGAACAUAUGAGGUAUUUCACCUGUUUCUGAUACAAAAGAUAGUGAUUUAAUUGAAAGGGAGGGACGCUGAUGCGUUAGUAUUUAUAAAGAGUUAUAUUUUAAUAUUACUAUUUUAUAUUACUGUUAAAAAAUUAUAUUUCAUAUUUUUGGGUUGUUUUGUUCUUACAUUUUUAUUUCUGUCACUAUGCUUAUAUUUAUUAAACUACUAUAUUUUUUACAAUGUUGCAGUCUUUGAGCAGUUCUUUGAAAGGUUAACACUGAC